UCAAAAUUGAUCACGUGACUAAUUAGCAUAAGCACGCAGCCAUUUUGGGAAGCAAAAGGGACAAAGACGACGCAUUGGGAACCAUUCUGUUUCAACAUGUCGGAAAAAACAGCAGCUAAACCAGUAGCGCCUGCUAAGAAAGAAACAACUGAAAACAAAGCACCAACACCGAACAAAAACAAAUCUCAACAGGACGGGAAUAAACAUCCGGAGCAACAAAACAGAAAUCGUGGUGGUCAUGGGCAUGGCGGCGACCGAGGUGGACAACGCCGUGGUGGUGGCGGUGGAGGACGGGGACGAUUUAACAAUAACCGUAACUUUUCGCAGGGAGGUGGAGACCGCCAUUCUCAUGGGGGACACAGGAAUGCGCCCGAACAUGAAUCCAAUGAGGAACCGUCUGGACCAAAAGAAGACCUAAAAUUCACGGGACGCUGUCGUCUCUUUGUCGGAAACCUGACGCCCGAUAUUACCGAAGAUGAGUUCAAGGCGAUGUUCACAAAAUUUGGUGAAAUAUCAGAACUGUUCGUCAAUGGAGCAAAAGGAUUUGGAUUCAUUCGGAUGGAUUACAGAAACAAUGCUGAAGCUGCAAAGGCAGCCCUUGAUGGGACACAGAGGAAAGGUCGCAGUCUGAGAGUACGAUUUGCUAAUCAUGGAGCUGCUAUCCGAGUUAAGAACCUAUCUCCAUUUGUAUCUAAUGAACUGUUGCACCAAUCCUUCUCCCAGUUUGGUGACAUUGAAAGGGCCAUUGUCUGUGUGGAUGACAGAGGAAGGUCAAGCGGAGAAGGAAUUAUAGAGUUUGCUAGAAAACCAGGUGCUAGCCAAGCUAUGAAGAGAAUCAAUGAAGGAGUUUUCCUCAUGUCUGCGUACCCAAGACCUGUGUUUGUGGAGCCUUUGGAACAAAAGGAUGAAGAAGAUGGUUUACCAGAAAAAUUCUUGCCAAGAAAUGAACAUUGCAGAAAAGACCGUGAAAAAGAGCCUAGAUUUGCUCCUCCUGGAUCUUUUGAAUAUAGAUUUGCACAGAGAUGGAAGGAAUUAGAUGAUGUUGAAAAACAUGAACAUGAUAGAGUAAAACAGGAAAUGGAAGAAGCAAGAAUCAAAUUGGAGGCUGAAAUGGAGGGUGCCAUGUACGAGUUCCAAGCUGAACAAAUCAGAGCAGAUUUGUUAAGACAACAAGAAGAACUCCAAAGACUCGAAGAAAUGAGACAGGAACAGAUGAGGCGUAGACAAGAAAUGGACAUGCGUCGCCAGGAAGAUAACAGGAUGGUAAGAGAAGAAGAAGAUCGACGCAGAGAGAUGAUAAUGAGGGGAGAAGGAACUGGUAUGAGAGGAGGAAGGGGGCCAAUGGAUGGUCACCGAGGCAAUCAGAUGGAACAGCAGGGAAUGCGCAGUGAUGGAAUGCGUGGAGAAGGCAUGCGUGGAGAAGGCAUGCGUGGUGAAGGAAUGCGAGGUGAAGGUAUGAGAGGUGAAGGACAACGGGGCCGCUCUGGUGGGCCUCCACCGGUACCACCACCCCCAGCACCUCCAGCUGCCAUGGGCAUUGAAAAUAGACAACAGAAUGAGGGAUCAAUGGGUAGUGGAUUUGGAGGAUCUGGUGGAAACAUUGGAGGCGGAGGAGGCAUGGGUAGCAAUCAAGGUUCAAUGCAAGGUCAAAGCCAGGGAAUAGGAGGCCAGGGUCAGGGAAUGCGGCAGUCAAGAUUUGAUCAGCAAGGUGGUAACUACGGAAACGGAAACUUUGGGGGUCGUGGGGGUAUGGGAGGCCAGGGUGGGGGCAUGUCUGGAGGAAAUGGAGGCAGUGGUAUGCAGGGGGGUAACAUGUAUGGAGGUGGGGGUAUGAGUGGAAACAUGGGGGGUGGUCGUGGUGGUAUGAAUGAGCGCAGACGUCAGGAGGCUGGAGGACCCCGCGAUGACUAUGGAGACAUGAAGAGAAUGCGUCGCUACUAAAGCUUAAUAACAUUUUGUGGCUAUGAACAAACUGAAGUCUAAGGAAUAUAAACUAUGAAAAUAGAGAAUCUAGAUUAGAGUUCUAGAAGACUGUCAGUUUUAAUGCUGCCAAUUGCAAACAGCAGUCAUCAAGUGCAAAUACUGGCUAAGUUAAUGGCCGGAGAGUUAAGUGUGGUGAGGAAGGAGUAUAUUUAGAAACUUCAAAAACAGAAAAAAAUAGUGUGUUACUGGAAAGAAGUAGUGUCAAUGCCGUUUUGAUACUUGUUCAUUCAGAGAUAUGCAGAAGAGACUUGCACAUUGAUUUUAAAACAUUAAAUUAGAUUCAGACCAUGUUUUAUGAUAACCAAUGAUUCUGGAUAUUAUCAUAUGAAGAAUCAUAAGUUAAUGUUUCUGUGUGUCAACUUAUUGGCUUUUCUGUCAUCGAUAUCAUUCAUUGUAUAUAACCAUUUCUGUUUCCUGUUGUGUCAGUAAUUGUUUUAAAUCCAUGUUUCAUUAUAUACAUCUUUUGAAUUUGGACAGGAAUCCAUAAUCAUGUAAAGAAAUUUAAAGAAAAAGUAUUGAUUAUGGUAAUGUUCUACUAAUGUCCUUUUAUGAACUCAUUACAAUCGUUUCUAUGUAAGCAUAUUCAUAUAUUCACAAUUUCAUAUUGAUACCCUAAACAACCAUAUUUUUUUUUAUUUGUGUAUGUGUCCAUUGGUGAUGUAGAAAAUUGUCAAAAUGAAUAAAAUAUUGUACUUGUAAACAACUUGCUGUAUAUUAUAAUAUCACACAAGAACUAGAUGAGUUAAUAUGGAUUGUUGAUUGAGACUUAUAAUGCCCCCUCUGUGUUAAUGGGAAAGAGGCCAGACAGGAAGGGGUGUGGCAUAGGUAUGCAUAUAUGUUACCCAUGUCCGUCAUUAUCCAUCCCAUUCCAAAUUGAUGUCACCUCAGCGAAUUCACUUCUAGGGGGAUUUUUCGUAAUUGCUACGGAAUUUACUUUUAAAAUACUGACUACGGAUGUUUUAAUUUAGCAUGUUUAUAACUUAAUAUCAACCCCCAAAAAUGCAUUCGUUACAUAUAUUUCAUGUUCAGUUUCUUAAUUGAAUUUCUGCAUACAUUUCGUGAUCCGUUGUUAAUCUGUUUUUCUAAUCCAUGAGCACUCCACUAAUCUCAUUCAAAUAAAUGCUUUAACAGACCAAGGCCAGAAACAAGCAUUUUAAAGAAUUUGCAUACGGUUAGACAUGUGUUGAAAAUGGGGCGUUGAAAAUGUGGAAACACAUUGAUAAAGGAACAGAAUCGUUUGUUCUGUUACUCUAAAAACAGAAAAAAGCCAAACAUUUCAAAGACAGUUACCAAAUGGAAUGGCCAUGUCUGGGAGCUGAUCAGGAAGGGAAUUACGUUUGUACGCUGUUUGGUGUGUAGACUUUUCCUGUGCUCAUGUAGAUCGAAAUAAUUAUCUAUGGCAAGAUAACUCUAAACAACACAUUAUUAUGUGUCACCUAAAUAUAAGUCUUUGUUAUUAAUACCAAUCAUUUUCCCCAAUACAAUUGCCUAAAAUUUCAUCUCAAGAAAACUACAAAUGCAAAAUUUUGAGCUGCCUCCUGACUCGGGCAUGCUGCUGCUGACAACAGCUCAAAACUACUGGAAACUACUGACAGGUACUGGAAAGGGUUCCCAAGUCUGGAAACAGUCAAAUUAAUUGAUGUCCUCUUUCUAGCGAUAACUUUUCUAAGAAAUUUUCACCAAAUUGCAUAUAUGCAACACUAAAAUAUGAGCAUACUUUUAAUUAGUUUAAGUUUCCAAAGUUAGUCAAGGUCACUGGCACUAAUUUGCAUUUAUGCAGGGGAUAUUGUCUGACCUGUUUAAGGUCUUACAGCAAUCAUACUCAUAACUGAACAACUGUACAUUUUAUAGCAUAACAAAUACAAAUUUUGUAGUUGUCUGUUAAGGACAAUCAUCUACAACAAAACAGUAUAUUUCUGUAUAGUUGGGAUAUAUUUGGGGUUGAAAGAUUGGUUUUUGUGUCUCAUGAGUGAACUUUAUUAAUAUGAAUCAUUGACAGGGUGCAUGGUGUCUUGAAAGGUACCUCAGUUUGGUUUUGAUGCAUUGGAAAGGCCUUGAAUAUGCCUUUCAGUUUUCCUUAUACGUAAAUUACAGAUCUAGGAGCUAGACAUAAGUAGGAGAAAUGUGCUUCCCAGCCAUAUUGGGAGAGUCACUUCAGAUUUUGGGUCCAUGAAUUCUAAGGUAACGGUUAAAUGUGAAUUGCGUUUUGUGUUACAAGCUGAUGUCAUGUUACAAAACCUGAAGAAAAUGGAUGAAUUGGCACUGAAAUACACUGAAGAAUGAGACAUUUACAAAAGAUGGUGUAAAAUGUCUUUAUUAUUCUGUAUGACAAGCGUUCUUUAUUUUUUUCUUUUAUUUAUAUCAGAACUGUAUACACCUAUGAUGAUAUUGUGCUAUCAUUUAAAAUGCUGUAUUAAAACUUGUUUCAGGUUAAAUUUAUCCAUGUCAGCAAGUUUCUGAUUUCCUCUGAAGAUCUCUGAACAGAUGCUAUAUCAUAUAGAUUUUGGAGAUAAAAAUAGAUCAAGCUUGAUGUUCAAUCAAAAGGAAGUAUGGAUGAGACUCUUUAAGAAGUUUAUAUAUUUCAGAUUUAUAAGCACUACGGAAUCAUCAUUAUUUGAUUGAAAUCCAGAAAAAAAGGAAAAGAUUCAUGCCAAGUAGUAUUGUAAUCUUAUUCCAAAAUAUUGUGAGAUAAUAAUUUCACCUGUAUAUGCAGAUGAGGACUCACCCCACUUUAUAAAAACUACCACAGAUAUACUAAUUAUUGAAAGUCUCCUUUAAACUCAUGUUAGAGCAGUAACUUAUUUCUAUCUAAAAAGGUCAUUGUUGUCGUAAAGAAUCAUAACGGAUAAAACCUUUUUACACCACUACCAGGGUAAUUACCAUUACUGAUUAUUGAUCAUGAAUUGGAUGGUCAUGCGUUCAUUGAAUUCACUCCACGAUUUAGUCCCCACCACAAACCAGGGGAGAUCUAGAGGGCACUAGGAUUGCAUGGUGUCCUUCCCUACUUAUUACACGUACAAUUUGUUUAAUACUGGACCUUCAUAUAUACUUGCAAUUGGGGAAUGAGUUCACCUAUGUUAAAUUGUGUGCUGUGUAAACACAAUACGUAGUUCACUAUCUGGUUGGGGACUAAUUUGCCUCUUUGCCUUCAUUUUAACAUCAUUUAUCAACAACCGUGUUGUACUAUACUAAUGGAACAUUUUUAUAAUCCUUUCAUAAUAUUUUACCAAAUGAUAUAUUCUCAUGGCAGAAAUUUCCUAUUGUACUUUUAAAUUUACCAAAAAGUGAUUUAACACGGACUAGUGCUUACUGAGUUGAGUAAUGGUUAUGCAAAACUGAUGAUCUACGUUUGGAAGCGUAAUUUUAUAAAUAUUAAUUGUAACCAGACUCAAGGAAGUGAUGUCUUUUUGACACACAUGUCAAUUGGAUUAAGUAGUUACACUGACAUAAUACAUUUAUAUAUCUGGCUAUCUAUAAUAUAAUAUGUCUUACAUCAAGUAAUUAGGAUAUCUGUGCAUUUGUGAAAAAACUUGCAUUUGGAUGUUUGAUGUUCAAAUACAUGCCUCCGAACCUAAAGAAGAUGACCUUUUUAUGUGACUGACCACAUGAGAAAAAAAAGUAGUUAGGUUUCCUGUGCAUUUGUGGAAAACUUGGAUAUUUGAUGUACCAGUAGAUGUCUCCAGACCCAAAGAAGAUAACCUUUUACUGUAUCUAUGUGACUGACCACAUGCAAAAAAGUAGUAAUGCAGCUUAUUAUUUUGGACGACUGUAUAUUUUGAAGUCUGUCGGAUGACAGUCAUUGUAAGUAUACUUCCUCAAUAGAGGAAUGGUAAGUAUUUAAUUUGUUCAGUCCCGAUCCAUAUUUGUAGAGAUGGGGAGGGAGCCAUCUUGUACAGCUCAAUGAGUGAAAGUCUUCACUGUUAAUACUGAAUUCAGCGUUUUCGAAUUAUUUUCCCCCUUAUAUAUUUCUGUCUGGGUAUAUUAAAUUUUGGCAAAACCAGCUAUUUCAUUGUUUCAAGAAUGGGACACUUUUACCUAUGCAAUUCCUGUGUGUUGUGGUUAUAUUAUGUCCUGUGAAUUAUUUGUGAUACCUGGUAAUUUAAUAAUUUCUAAAAAAAAAUAUGCUUUUGUGUUGAAGAAGCUGUGAAAAACGAUAAAAACAACAGACACUUGCAGGUACUUCGGAACUUAUUUUAAAAUUGUUUACAUAGGGUUUGUUUGAAACAGAAAACUAGGUAUAUGCUGGUUUUCGUGAGAUGAAGGGGUUAUAUAUACAUAUGCGUAUUGACUGGAUUAUGAGGUGAUGGUCAAUCUUUUGGCCUACAAUAACAUUGAGUGUCGGAGCCGCGGGUUGUAGGGAAUUACAUUGAUGAUGAUUAUUUCACCCUUUUUGGGUUAUUGUGUUGAACUAUUGAUCUCUUCAGUUUUAUUUCAGGUGGUUUAACCCAGCAAAGACUUAUCUAUAAGCUUCUGACUGUAACUAGCUGCAGGAAUAAGAUCGUUCAAGAAACGGCUAUGUGCAAAGAUAGAGGCAGGCUUCACAAAACCAUUGGCCUUUGCAUAUAUUAGCGUUUCUGUAUAAUAAGCAGCGAUGGACCCUCAAGAAGAUGCACAUGUUUUUCAUCUCUAGAGAUGGAGGAUAUUUCCUGUUAUUGAUAUAAUUAAGGUGUAGUUACUCUAAAUGCAAGUGAUAAAUGCAAGUGAGAAAAAUUCAUUGAUAUCGAAAACAAUGAAGCCUGUGUAGAAAAUUUGUUGAUGUCCUAAACAAGGAAAUACACAUCUACAUUCUAUCUAUUGGAAAGGAUUUCUGCUUAAUUUUUUUUCAAGCAGAAAUUUAAACAAGAUUUAAAUGACAUGUUUUAUCAACCAAAUUCUUAAUAAUUGACUAUUUACUUUUAAGUGAAACAGUUAAAAACAAAAACCAAAAAAAAAAACGUGCAGCACAAUACUUCACGCUAUCUUACUGAAGACUGAAAAUAUUGAAAGGAUAUAUCACAUGUGGAAUUAAAUAAGUUUGUAUUUUUGCCAAAAAAUAAAUCAUUGAUGCUGUGCAGCAUUACUUCAUAUGGUAUGGUGUAAACUUUAGUGGGAAUUAUGGACAAAUUGUGAACAUGGAAACAAAUAUAUAAUGAUGCCACCCCUGAAGUGCUGCUACCGUUUGUCUACUUCAUUUAGAUUCCAGAUGAUGACCUAUUGAUGGCUGAUUACAUAUUUGAUGCUUAUUUCAAUAAGUGCCUACAACGUUAACUUAGCAAGAGCUUCAUUCCAUCUGAAUCAUCUACUCAUUCUCCAUCGUCACCAUUAUAUUGUGUACCCGAUUAGGGGACUAUUUAUACUCCUGUCCUGACAAUAAUAUAGUAUGGCUCUGUACAUGUCCAACCAGUGUUAACAUUUGUUUACCUGGAGAUCUCCUAUCUAUUAUUUGACGGAACUCUUUGAAACUUAAUAUGUUUUAUCUGAUCAUCAUGAUAUAUGUUUUUGUUGUUCCCUUAUCAACAAAAGUUAUUCCCCUUUGUUCAUUUCAAUAUUUUGAAUUUUGUCUGAUCACAUUUUACAAGCAAUUGCUUUGAGUCCUUGGUAGGUUUUAUAUUCAUAUAAAAUUGUAUUUUCAUGUUUGGCGUUUGAUUCACCUUUUUUGGCGAAAGUUAUGUUACCAUUAGAAUUAGACCUUUAUCUAUGUAGAUCCUUACCCUCGGUGUUCACUGUUCAACCAAUUUCUUUCAAACUUUGUAAACUUCGCAGCAUCAUAAAAUUGUACUUUCUUGAUGGAAUUUUGAUUCAGCAAUCGAUACUGCAUUGCAAUAUUUGUAUAUAUAUUGUAUAUGUUCAAAUAGAAUUGUAAUUAAUAGAAAUUGGCUUGGUCGCUAGAUGAAUAAACUUUUUUUAGGUCAUGUGAAAAUAUGGUUAACUUCGAUUUUGAUUGGAAAAUAGGAUACCAAAAAAUGCAACUGUUUAGUUUCUUUUUUAGUAUUUUGUCUGAAUAUCGCCAAUAUAUUCACACAGUAUUUAAGAUUUGUUGGGUUUUGUCCAGCACUUUCUGUUUAAAAACAAAUGAUAUUAAAAAUUGUCACAAAUGUUAAGAAACAGUGAUUCCGAAAGACAUAAAGAAAGAUGUGUAAACAUUUGCUGUAAUUUCUGUGUUCAUAACCUCCCCAACAAACAAAAAAACAUGAAUGAUGUAAAACUAUUAAUGUCAGAAUGUAUUGUCUAGAAUUGCAAGAAGCAAUACUGUCAGUAUAACAUUUAACAUAAUAGAAUGUUGAAAUAUUCUUUGAAGCUUAAGUUUGCCUGGCAAUGUACAGUACAUAAAGUAGAUUUCUAGGGAAGUUUUAAGACUGAAAGUUUCAAGCCAUGAAAGUUUCAAGCCAAUUUUGAGAGAUGGUAUCGUUUUACAACUUUAUAAUGGAAAAUGUUAGUUAGGGUGCAUGGAUUGCUUACAAUAACCAUAAUUAGUUACAAACAUAAAAGCUUACUGGAUACUAAUAGUUGAUCCUUAUAGAUGUUCUCCCUUCCUGUAAGUGUCCAUGUUUAUAUGAUUUCCACAAGGUGAUGGGACAUCCUUGUUUAAUGUGUCAUGUAUCUAGUGUAGUAUAAAAGGGAGAAUUGACCACCAGAUUGAUGUUGCUUGUAACCGGAGCUCUACAGAAUAUGUUAUACAAGUAAUCACUCUUUGGAGACUAAACCUAUGACAUUUAGAGUCCAUGGAAGGUAUGUAUUAUAUGAAUUCAUGUCCAUAUAUUGUAUCUAUCUUGCUGCAAAUGAGAUUUGCACAGUAGAUGUACGGUUAAAAACAAAUGUGUAGGUCUUGAAUAUAUGACCUUACUUUGCGAGAUGUAUGGAAGACACGCAGCGUAGAUAUGAAAGAGAAAAGAAAAAUGUCCAAUAUGUUGUCUAUUCUAUCAUUCCAAAUUUGAGUUUUCAUUUUACAUGAUUGGGGUGGAUAUAUCUUAUUUAAGAUAUUUAAUGGAAGCAAAAACAAUGUUGACUUAUAAAUGGCUGCAUCAAGCAAAUGUCAAGAAACCAGGAGUGAUAAUUGAGAUUUAACCAAUACAUACUACAAAAAUGGAGAUCUUCUAUUUCAAUGAUUCGCUUGAGGUAAAUUAAAUACAAUGUUUGGGUUGGUGAAGUGAAACCAGUAAUAGUCUAUUCUGUAGGCUAUCGUGCUCUUUAAUAUGUAUACUCGUGACUUUGUAAGUUAUGCUGAUGUACACAUGUACAUUUACGAUAUAGUUCAUGCUAGGAAAGCAAUGAAUGUUCUAAUACGGCAAGACAAAAUGUGUCAAAAAAUGUUUACCUUUUGUCUGCUACGCCUGCAAUAUUGCUGUACUAUAUAUAUGUACCAAGAACCUUUGUUCAUAUAGUUGAUGUGGGAGAAGGUUUAUAAUGUUUCUAUAUCACCGCAAUGCCUCUCAAAUGUCGGUAUAAUCUUUACAUUGGCAUUUUAAUUGCUGCAACAUUUUCAUCCUUUGGCUGGAAGGUAUAAUUGCAUAUCAACUUGAAUCAAGAAUUUAUUUGCAUAUAUGGAGAAAACCUUUGUAUUCCACGUUACAAAAGGCCCAUGUCUUACGAUAGUCACACAUACAGCUAUUUAUCACAGAUGAACCAUUGGCCAUUGUGAUGGGUUACAUGAUCAGUGGACCAACUCUCUUCAGUAUUUUUGAUUAAAUAUAAGCAACUACCAGAUCAGUAUAAAAUACAAAGAUAAAACACAUUUUGUUUAAAUGAAAAGUAAAUGUUUGAUGAUAUUCUGAUAAAGAUAAUAAUUGAAACACUUUGUUUUAGAAUAACAUUUGUUUUUUUAAUAUUUUAUCAUGAGUAUUGUAUAUUUUAUAUCUUAUUUGUUUUUCUUAUUUGUUUGAUAGAUGAUUGCCUGCUGUGGAUGAGGAACAAUUACAUGCACAUUCAUCAUUAGAAAGACUAAAACUAAAUAUACCGGAUAGUAACAUCUACUGGUGAUGGAAGGCUUGUUCAUACUUUGUGACUCACCUUGAUUCAGACAAUGGGAAAUGAUCAUUGUUGAAAAUACCAAAGCAAUGGGUGCAAGUACAGCCAAUGUACGCCGACUUGGGCAUGCAACACAGCCAAAUUACAGACACGGGACAUGCAGGAUGUAUGACAUGGGGCGUGCAGGAUGUAUAAGACACGGGACGUGCAGGAUGUAUAAGACACGGGACGUGCAGGAUGUAUAAGACACGGGACGUGCAGGAUGUAUAAGACACGGGACGUGUAUAAGACACGGGACGUGCAGGAUGUAUAAGACACGGGAACAUGCAGGAUGUAUAAGACACGGGACGUGCAGGAUGUAUAAGACACGGGAACAUGCAGGAUGUAUAAGACACGGGACGUGCAGGAUGUAUAGAAUCUGAUCUGGUUUGAUGGGAGGCAAAAGAAGAUGAUGGAAAACAAUUGGAUCUUGAUCUGACAAUUUGAAUUUGAUUGUGACUUCAAUGAAUAAAACAUUUGAAACUGAUAA